AUGUUCCUGUCGCGCAUCUGCACCUACCUCGCCAAACCCAUCUCCUCCUCCCCUCAGUUCGGCCCCUCCUUGGCCAUCUCCAUCCUGUCCACCAUCUUCAACACGCUUGCUCCCUCCGACUCCAGCCGCUACCACGUUCUCCUGGCUACCGUCGCCGUCAUCCGCCAGUCCAGCUCGUCCAUUGCCUUUGACGCCCUCAAGUCCCAGCUGGCCACCCAGCUGCCCGGCUGGCUCGCCGCCUGGGAGCUGGACGCCGACGAGGCCCAGCGCCUGCACCUCGCCAUUGCCGAUGCCGCCCAGGCGUCCGGUGACCCCGAGUUGGCUCAAACCCACGUCGUCCAGGCCCUGCAGACCAUCCCUGCUGCCAAUGCCAGCGCCCCCGAGGCCCGCGAUCUGGCCGUCCGCGCCCUGACCUCCGCUCUCACCCACCCGGCUGUCUUCGACUUCACCCCGCUGACUGCCUCCGACGCCGUCCAGGCCCUCCGGUCCAGCGACAGCACCCUCUUUGAGCUGCUCGAGAUCUUCACCGCCGAUACCCUCGACGCCUACGAGGCCUUUGUCUCCGCUACCCCUCUGGCCAGCAUCUCCGGCGGCGUGCUGGCUGAUGCCGGCGAGGCCCUGCAGAACAAGAUGCGCCUGCUCACUCUGGCCUCCCUGGCCGCUUCUACCCCGUCCCGCUCCCUUCCCUACGCCACCAUUGCCACGGCCCUCCGCGUGGAGCCCACCGACGUCGAGAAGUGGGUUAUUGACACCAUCCGCGCCGGCCUCGUCGAGGGUAAGCUGUCGCAGCUGCGCUCCGAGUUCCUGGUCCACCGGGCCACCUACCGUGUCUUUGGUGAGAAGCAGUGGGCCGAGGUGCAGGGUCGCCUGAUGGUCUGGCGCCGCAGCCUGGAGAACGUGCUGGGUGUUGUUCGCAGCGAGCGGGAGCGCUUUGUUCGCGAGGGGCUGCAGGCGGCCCAGGCUGCCGAGGAGGCUGCCCAGGGCAAGGGUAACGACAAGAAGGGUGGUGACCGUCGCCGUCACAACAACAACAACCAGAACCAGAACCAGCAGCAGCAGCAGCAGCAACAGCAGCAGCAAGCACCUUCGGCGCCCGCCGCUGCCCCGGAGGCUGUUGCCGUGGAGUAA